CACCCAGGUCUCUGUGGCCAGGCAGCGCUGGGCAGAUCGGGUCGAUGCAGGCCGGACGAUGACCAGUUGUGGGCAGCAGUCCCGGAACGCGCUUGCCCUGCUCUUUGUGCUGCUCUUCUCGGCAGGCCUGUCGGCGCACUUCCGGGUGUGUGAACCCUACACAGACCACAAAGGCCGCUACCACUUCGGCUUCCACUGCCCCCGGCUCUCCGACAACAAAACCUUCAUCCUGUGCUGUCACCACAAUAGCUCGGUCUUCAAGUACUGCUGCAACGAGACGGAGUUCCAGGCGGUCAUGCAGGCGAACCUCACGGCCAGCUCCGAGGGCUAUGUGCACAACAACUACACUGCCCUGCUGGGAGUGUGGAUCUACGGCUUCUUCGUGCUCAUACUGCUGGUCCUGGACCUCCUGUACUACUCGGCCAUGAACUACGACAUCUGCAAGGUGUACCUGGCGCGCUGGGGCAUCCAGGGACGCUGGAUGAAGCAGGACCCCCGGCAGUGGGGGAACCCGGCCCGGGCACCACAGCCAAGGCAGCCGGCGCCGCAGCCCCAGCCUCCCCCGGGGCCCCUGCCUCAAGCGCCAGUGCCCCAGGCCGUGCACACGCUGCAGGGAGACACCCACAGCCCGCCGCUGAUGUCCUUCCAGAGUUCUUCUGCCUGAAGACCCCUUUGCCGUGCCUCAGGAUGGGGGAGGCCAGAUGGGAAGCACCCAGUGCGGCCUCCGAGGACGGCUUCCGCAGAGACACCAGGGAGAGCCGAAGUGAUGUCGGUGGUGGUGGUGGCAGCGGCAGAGGAGGAAACGCCACCUGUGCCCAGGACCCUCUUCCAUGGACUUCUAAGAUUCAAAGUAAACUCAGGGGUGGGAACUGGGGGUGCCAGGAGGUUCUGAGCCUCCUGUCUGCAAGCAAUAGUUCUCUUUGGGGCUGGUGGCUUCUGAGAGGUUACUCGUGGACUCAGAUGACCAAUGCAAAGCUGUCCUGGCUGUUUCCAGCCGGAGGGGUCUAGGCCUGAGUCCCACCCGUGGUCCAAACCCUGAAGCUUACCCUGCCCUGCUCCUUCCAAUAGUGCCCCGAGGGCCUCUCUGCCCGAGGAUGGAGUGUGAGUGCCUGUGUGUGUGUGUGUGUGUGUGUGUGCGUGCGCGCGUGACCUGAGGUGUCCUUUUGCUUGGUGGUUUUUGUUAGGUUUCUCCCACAAGUUCUCUGAUGGGCACAGGUCACCACUUGGCUGGGGGUUGCUGCCAGUGUCCUUUCUUGUUGCAUCCAGCAGCCAUGAGCCAGAUGGAGGUGGUUGGGUACGGGGCCCAAGGUACUGCCCUGCUGUGGCUCAGGUGGCCCUGGGGACUUCAAAACACCAGAAAGAGUUGUUUCGUAUGGAACUUCUUCUGUGACAGUGAUAACAUGGGACAUUUCUCGGCCAGCCACCAGGCGAGGUGAUUUAUGCACACUCUGUCACAGCCCCUGAGAAAUGGAUAUGACUGACUCCCUCAGAAGCAGCUCAGAGUGGGGCCAGGUGGCCAGGUCCUGUGGCCAGGGAGGCCACCCUUGGUUUGGCUUCAGAAGCCAAGAUCUGGCUAGGGAGACCCCAGCCUCUCCAUUUGGCCUCAGAAGGGCAGUACCCAAAGUCCAGGCCACAAAUCCCCAGAUACAAGUGGCUCUGCAGCCUGGGGCCUCUCCAGAACCUUCCCAGCAGGGAACUGUCACCCCAAAUUCCUCAGCAGCACACUAGGGUCUGUCCAUCCACCCACACAUGCUAGCUGAUUAGCACUGUGUGCCGGGCAGGGACAGGGACGAGAGGUCCGCGUGGGAUCUUUGCAGACAGGAUGACCAGGCCCCGGGCAACCCAGAGCAGAAGGUUUGAGAGUUCCACCCACUGCAGACGGGGGCUUCCACACAGACCUGGAUGCCUGUGCCAUCUGCCCGCAGAUCACCACCACCGCACCCCCACAGGACACGCACACACAGGAGGAUCACACAGGUCCCCAAAGCCACACUGCCAGUGUAGACAUGCUCAUUGCACCAGUGUUAGCGACACCAGAAUCCCGGCUCUUAGCCCGGUAUCCCCCCGACCUGUGUUGUCACAGAGCUGUCCCCAGGAUCCCCAAAGAGUGGCCAUCUGCACUUCCAGUGGACAGGAAGUGUGGAGUGGACAAGUGUUUAGGGUGAGGACAGCUGUCACUCAUGGGGAGCCUUGCUGAGGCUUCAGUCUGGUCACCUGCGAGCCAGCCCUUGUGGCACUCAGGUGGCCUGGAAUUUUUAGGCCCAGCCUGAUGGUCCCACAUUAUGGUACACACAGAGUACUGAGGCUUUGCUUGGGGUCUAGAUCAGGGAUAGGCGUGGCAUCCUUUCCCCUCGAUGCUAAGCGCACCCACGUGGGCCAGUGAUGUCCUUGGAGGUUAACAGACCAGUCAGCCCAUCUUGUUCAGCUCACACCUUCAUCCCCUCUGGGGAGCCUCCAGAGUCAGAGGAAGCCAGAGGCAGGGAUGAGGGACCCAAGAUCCAGAUUCUGGCAUCAGCUCUGCUGCUAAAAGCAGUGUGACCUCGGGCACGUCCUGUGCCCUUGCUGCCUCAGUUUCCUCAUCAGUGAAAGGAGUCAGGCCAGGGGCUUAGAGGCCUCUGGCUUCCCACAUUCCUGGGCGGUACUCAAAGGGUUGCUUCCUCUGCCCUGCGGGUGCUGUGGUGAGAGGUCAGAGGCCACUGUCCCCACAAAGUAAGGCCCUCAGGAUUUGUGACCUUUUCAAAGGGUGUUCCCAGCCACUGGGGAUCUUGAGAGUCACUGAAAGGCCCCAGGGCCAUAGCACCUACCGUCUAACCCCAGUGUGUGUAGCGGAGGGGACCUCCCUGCUCCUUCCCCGAUGGGCGCCUUGGCCGGUGGCCUGACCUCUCUGUGCCUCCUGGGCUUGCCUGCUGAGUGCAGCACCUCGGAGUUGCCCGGGGCCGGAAGGACAAAGCCCAUCCCCAUCCCGCUGUGGCAGGGGACAUGCCAGUUGGUAGCGUGUCCCUAGGAGUCAGAUACAGGGUAGAGACCCAGAGCUCCAGGGUAGAUCCCGAGAGUGAGGGCUUUUCAGUGAUGACCACGCCUGAUUUUUCAGCCUCCUACUUUUACUUUCUCCUGUCUGCUCCGUCCUCACCCAUAACUUAUCAUCUUCAAUAAUAAGAAUCACAACAUUCCCAAGAAGAAGAGUAAGGAGACAGCAGUGCACCCAUGGCCGUAUACCGCACAGUGUCUCGGUAGCGGGUUGUGUCUGUGUGACCCCUUCCCCACGGGAACCCGUGUCCACUUUCCUCCCGUCUGCCUGUACCAUGGUCACCGUGUCUUUCAGAAUUCCAGAACCCAGGCUGCGGACCCCCCAGACAGGAAGCCUGCUCACAUGACUGACUCACCCGUGUGCGGCCAGCCUCGGUGAGGCCACGCUUGCACACGCACACAUGCGUAAACACACACACAGGCCCCCGUGUGACUGCAGGCAGACCUGGUCCCCUCGGGUCCUCAGCGCUUUUGAAAGCAGCAGGGAGAUAGCCCGUGGCCCCUCACCAGUAUCAGGAAACCCCUGGAGCAGGUUCCACCCUGUAAGGACUUGGGCAGGAACGGGGCACGGUCUUCUUCAACUCCAGGCUCAGUCAGAAGUCCUCUCCGGUCAUUUCAAACAGCGGGCUAUGGUGUGGCCACACCCUGGUGGCCCCUCAGUCCUCUGUCCCUGCACGGCCAAGUCCCCAUCACGGGACCACUGAAGGCUGUGCCCCAGGAGAGGGCAGGCACCCUGCGCAGGAGGCUCUGAGACAGUUUUCACUGGUGUGUUCUCUCGCCGGAGCUCACCGGUCCCCACCAACAGAAGAGCCUUUGGGAGUGGAUUUAAGACCCCCGGUCGGGACUGAAGGACAGGAUGGAGGCAUCCACUUGACCCCUCCCCCUCUGCUGUGAGAAUCUGGGAUCGAAAGAGCAGAGGGAACCUCAGGGGGUUCGGUCCACUUGUCUGCCCGGUCCCCGUGGGCUACCUGAGAGAUCAGAGGACCAUAGGCAGGGGAUCUCUCCAGGCUGGGGCCGUGCCCUAUGCCCUCCCAAAACCAGACCUGCACACGAAGAAGCAGCCCUCACCUAUCCCAUCUUUAAAAGUGACCUUGAAGGUGUCAUUGCCCUCCCCCGCUUCCCCUGUUUCCAGUCCAGGAACCAGAGUUGGUGCUAGAUAGAUGCUUGGUGAGGGAGCAGAUUUGACCAUCCAUCACUCUGUAGCCAAAACUCCUAUUUUUACAUCAAGGCCCCGACCCCUUUGCCCUUGACAAACUGAAGUUCAGGGCUGCUGAGAUGCCACUCAGAAGGGGCGCCAUUCACAGUGCUGACAGAACAAGACGCCUGGAACCCUGCAGAAUUGCCGUGAACCUUCCAACAGAACGGGCAGAGUGCUCCUGCAGCAGCGCGGACCUGGUGCCUGGGCUCUGUAGUCACAGUCACACGGCCACCCAGGCCCCCGCUAGUGGCCCACAAGGGUCCCUUCUUAGAACGUGCCUCAGUUUCUCUCCACAUCUCUUCCUUCCCCGUUUUCCAUGUUAAAGCCAGCGGGUUGAGUCGCGGCCACAUCCCCUGCCGGUGAGCGCCUGGGUAGCCUGAAAUAAGUACGCAGGGACACAGGAUGCAGGCUCGGUCACUCAGUCACCUCCAUGGGGCGGGAGACCUUCCCCCCAAAAGGUCAGGGUCCUCUCCGGGGCCAGCUGGGCGAGGGCACGCAGGUCUGGGGAACAGGGAUGCCCCCUCUCUCCGGGAACCCCAACUUCAGGUGGCAGGAUGGGGUCUCUGAUGGCUGAUAACUGGGAAAACCAAAAAACCAAUACUGUUCCUUCUAAUAUUCCCCCCGUGACAAUGAUG